UCGUCACAUGAAUUUGUUUAGAUGUGAAACCAAGGAAGGCUUUAAAUUGGAUAAAAAGUCACUGCAUAUUUGUUUUAAAAUGUUUUAAAAUGUAUUGCAAAGCUCACUUUUAUAUGAACUGACGUAAUUUCAUGUGACCGAUGGCAAUGCCACAUGCGCAUGCGUCAUAGGUAAUCUGCCAUAACUCUUUGAUGGUGGGCAGUGAGGAAGCGAUAUAUAAUUCUUGAGCGGCUUGUGUGCGUCUGGUAAUAUACCUGCUUUUGGACGAUUGUAUGUUGAGUUUAUAACAUGGACAGCAAUCCCUUCGCGGAUCCUCGUGCAUCCAACCCAUUUGCUGAUCCCUCAGUACAGCAGGCUACUGGAGCAGGCAAUGCAAGUCAGCGACAAGGCUUGCUGGAUGACUAUAAUCCUUUUGCUGAUGGAAAUCAAACUCGUCCAGGGCAAGGUGCUGGCAUUCCCCCUCCACGGCCAGCACAGACAACACAACCUGCUAUCAUGACCCCAUCAGAAGAACCACCACCACCAUAUUCAGCAGCUGGUGCACAGAGGGUAGACACAAGUGAGCUGCAACGACGUCAAGAGGACAAGAAUGCAUCAUAUGCGUACAACCAGACAGAGAAUGAUGUGGCAUUUGAAGAGGAACUAGAAAAGAAAGCAGCAGAGCUUCAGAGGAAAGAACAGGCACUCAAACAGGUUCAAGGUGGUGCUCGUCAAAACAACUUUCCUCCUGUGCCUAAGUUUUGCCCUGUGGGGCCAUGCUUUUACCAGGACUUCAGUGUAGAUAUUCCAUUAGAGUUUCAACGCAUUGUCAAGUUUGUGUUCUUCCUUUGGGGAGCCCAUGUUGUUGUCCUGUUUCUGAAUAUUUGGGCCAGUCUUGCAUACUUCAUUGUGGAUGGGGAUGGAGGCACAACAUUUGGCCUUUCCAUCUUGUGGUUUGUUCUCUUCACUCCCUGCUCCUUUGUGUGUUGGUACCGACCGCUGUACAAGGCUUUCAGAAGUGACAGCUCCUUCAACUUUUUUGUUUUUUUCUUUGUUUUCUUCUUCCAAUUUUGUGUGAAUAUCAUUCAGUGCUUGGGACUCACUGGCUUCACGGUUGGAUGGAUUAAUGGAAUUCGAGUAUCUACAGAUACAAAUGUAGCUGCAGGAGCCUUUAUGCUAAUAGUGGCUUUUUUGUUUUCCAUGGAGGCAGUUGUCACCAUUCUUUUGUUGACAAAGGUUCACCGUAUUUACCGUAGCACUGGGGCUAGCUUCCAGAAAGCCCAGCAAGAAUUUGCUCAAGGAGUGAUGCGCAACGAGACUGUGCAGACUGCUGCCGCUGAUGCUGCUGCUAGUGCUGCACGUGGGGCUGUGUCUGGCAGUUACGGCUCUAACAACCGCUACUAGCACCUUCCAGACACCAUCCUUUUUUGUCUCCUACAGUGAUACCAUCUCUCUGCUUGCACUUGAAAAUGACUAUCAAAAGAGAAAUGGUUUGGAAAUCCCCAGGCUGUCAGAAUUGAAGACUUCUGUCAUGCAGUGGUGUGGGGGGGGUGAAUGACUGGAGUUCUUAGAAGUCAGAUUUUAAAUUUAAUAGUCAUGCUCUCUGCAAAGUGUUGUUCUUGUCCUAUGUGGAGUCUAUCUUCCCUUUACACACCGCAGAAUCCAAAGUGUGAACUGCAAAUCUUGACUCGACUAGUGAAAUAGACGAAAAUUCAAAGGAGGUUGAAAACUUACAGUUCUUUAUAUGAUGGUUGGUUCCAAUGUCAAGAGCAAGCAAUUGAACACCCUCUACUCCUUCAUUUUUUUAUCCUGAGUUCCCAACCAUUUUAGUCCCUUUUGCAGGGGUCAAGGGUAAAAAAAAGUUUAUGCUGAUGGUUAGUAUUGAAUGUUCCCUUGCAUGUUAAUUCACGUUGAAUGCUUUUCUGACUAGAUUGACAGUCAGUAAGAGAAGCACUUCGGGAACAUUGCAUAACAAGAUUUGUUCCUUCUUUUAAUGACGAUGAUAGCUGAAUUUGUCGAGAACAUUUCCCCAUGUAGAAGUGAGCUUAAUAUGCUGUACACGAAUGACUAGAAACAAAGCAGCUGUCAACCAUACAAAAAACAUAAGCCAUUUUUGCAUCAUUUGCAACGCAGGGAGACAGAAUGUAUUUGGUAAUUCUUGUUGCAAUUAAAAGGAAUAUUAUAGGACAUGUAAAUAAGUAUCUAUAUGAAAGCACUGAUGUGCACAUGUCCCCUCCUCUAACAGUAGUUUUAAACACUGAUUGAGGAAAUACAUGCCUACCCCCCUGUCUCCCUUUUCUCAUACAAGAGCAAGAAUGAAAAGAAAUGUUCUUAAUAGCAGGCAAAAAGUCUCACUUGUCAUUUGAUCUUUUUUUUAAAUAUUAGUGUGCUCAUUACGGCUUUUUAAUAUUUAAAUGCAUUUGAUCAGAAAAGUGAGUGAGGGUCAGGCAAGUAUUCAGCAGUGGGGAUUUUAGGUGCCAAGGGCAUGGCUGUUAAGGUAGCUUAUCACCAACCACCACACAUACCAAAGGUGUGGCAGUUCCUUCAUUGAUAGGGAAAGAAAAUGUACACUGGUGCAUACUAGUUAAAGGUGUGGCAAUUCCUGCAUUGAUAGGGAAAGAUAAUGUACACCUGUGCAUGAUGUACACUGUUGUGAUUUUCUUUUCCUCGUAAUGGUGUGGCUUUUUUUUUUCUGUGGGUGUUUGGGGUAGCUGUCAUACACCUUGCUGAUUGUUCCAAGGCAUACUCUAGCAGAUGCAAGACUGGUUUAUAGUCACUUCAUUUGUGGCUGCAGUAGUACAAGCACAGGACUUGAAGCAAUUUACUGUAACAUCAUAGAUUGUACAUCAUACUAAUAAAUUUUUCUUUUUAAAUGACCUGUUCGUUAACAGAUCAUAGGUAAUUGCAGUUGCAUAUUUUCCUCAUUUCUACCUGAAAAGAAUAUUUGAGUUUUUCCACAGUAGCAUCUUUACCUCCAUGGAUUAUAGAUGCUCUGAUUUUUUCUCUUGCUGAUUUACUUUUAAUAAAACAAAUGUACUGUGGGUUGAGUAUAAGGGUUUUUUUUUUUAAAAACAAACAAAAAAAAGCAUUUAAAAUGUAAUUGUUGGAGAGCACACUAGUUUCAGCUCUUGAGUCUUUUCUGAUGUACUUUUGGGGACCAAGUGAUAUUGAUAAUUCUCAAAAGAAGCUUCUGAAAUGGAUUGCAUAAAAUUUUAUUUUAUUAGUGUAUAUUUAUUCCAGUAGUGCAUAGAAAUAAGGUUCAGAUUUGUUCACCUGUUUUACUUGUGGCAAACAGUUGGUACUAGUUAGGCAAUGAUCAGCCAUUCCAUAUUUUGAUUUUUGAAAUUUGCCACAGAUGUUGCGUAAUAUGUAAUGAUGGCUGGCAUGCAAGUAGAGUAAUUUCUGAAAUCUCGUGUGCCAAGCUCACUAGUUAGAAUGCUUAUUUCAUAAACAUCUGCUGUUUUAUAGAGUGUUUGUAGAAGCCAGGCUUCUGAGAACUUUCAAUGUAAAUUGCACCUUAAAGGCAUGCAUUUAAUUCUUUUAUUUUACUUUUUUAAAAAGUUUUCCCUCAUGUGAAAACAAAUUUUGUUUUGUACUGCCUUGUAUCAAAGAUUUAAGAAAAGGGCUUUGUAGCAUAUAAUACUUUGCGGAUAAUGUUCAGCGUCUCCAGUACCGUUCUACCAAAAGUUGCUGCAGAUUUGCAUCUGAUGAUACAUUUUGUAAGUGGGGGAAAUCAUCUGUUCCUGUUUGGUAGAUGCCUUUGUUUAAUAGUGGAAAGCUUAGGCCAACUGAUAGUAGGUUGAGUCUCAAUGGCAAAUUGAUUAGAGAAUGCAGAAAGUGAAGGAGGGUGCACAGUGUUUAUAACCUUGUCCUUGUCAAGAUAACCCAACACGAAAGGACUUUGUAUUUGGUGGUCUUCGAAAGUAAAUGUUUUGAGGCUAUUUUGACCAUAAAAUCAUUCCACAUUUGCAACCAGAAUAUCACUUGUUUAACUGUAGUGAAGCGAGAAGCUGCUGCUCAGAAGAUACGAGUGAUUUGUGCAUGUGAUAACCCCAUUGCUUAGUAUCUCCCUCACACACACACAUCCCCCCCAAAAGCACUCACACCCUAAUGUUGAUUUUUGUUAAUUCAUUCAUACUGCAAUAUUGUUUAUUUAAUGGUUGAUAUGUUACAUGUGUAAAGCUUGAAAAGAUCAGCUAGUAAUUAUAUGCUUUUUAUCUGUUUCACUGCAUGAAAGAAAUAUCAGUGGGCUUUGGAAUGGACAAUGUGGAUGCAUGAUCAGUUGUGCAAUGUGUAUGUCUUGUACAUUUGUAGCGUACUAAAGCAAACACCAUUUGUGGAAUAAGAACCUGACUCAAAUCUUAAAUAAAGUCAUUGUGAUUGCUGUC